AUGGUGGUUUGUGGCAUCUGUGAUGAGUCGGGCCCGAAGGAGGAACUCAGCCACGAGUACAAGGGGAUGAUGCUGCACCAAGUAUGCUGGAACGGGCUGCGGGCGCACAACAACUGCAUCAAGACUGCGCCUGCGCACAUCAAGGCCCAGGUCUUUGAGGAGUUCCAGAGCGACCGCCCUGCUUGGAAGAAACGCAUGAUGGCAUGGAAGGACCCGAGCAAGCAAUCACGGGAGGUCGCUCGCAAUGACGUGGUGAAGAGUUUCAAGGCAGGUGUCGAGCAUUCGACACACCAGAGCAACCUGAGCCUUGACGAUGACAUGGUCGUCAGCCUUAUCGAGUUCCAGAGUUGGAAAGGGUUUUGGCAUCGCACGACGGACGAGCAGUCUAAGAUGGAAUUCGAGCGCUUGCACCAGUCCCAGCAGGGGCAACACGACCUCAAGGACGCCAAGGGCGCCGUCAUCGAGCGGAAGAUCGCGUACAAGGACAUCGGCAGGUUCCGCAAGGAGCGGGGCGCCACCGAGAAGUCGUUCACCAAGGAGACCUCGGAGGUGUCUGAGUUCGAGUACCAGCAGAAGCGCGGGCGUUUCUCUGUCAAAUCUGCUCCCGCUGGCCCUGGGCCCAGCUCCUUGGCAUCGGCAGCGCCCCCCCUUGAGUCAUCUACGCGGGUGUAUUCGUCGGAGCACUGGGUUGUUGGCGGGGAUUCGGCGUCGACGCGUUCCGCAGGGACUUUGAGCGCUGAGACUCUGGCUCAGAACUUGGCGAGUUCUCCCAAGGACGGCAACGACGUUGGGGCACAGGGGCAGGCGUCGGACCACGGGAAGCAGUCAUCAGCAGGAGGCGGUUCGAAGCCCAAGUUGUUCAACGCGAAGCUGGGGAUCAGCAUCGACGACCAGACCAGGGAGCGCACCAUCCCCUCGGGCCCAGAGGUAGAGGCCAUGGAGCCCAUCAGCUUCAUGGAGGCGAAGCGGCUGUGGGCCGCCAUGGCCGCACACGUCGUGAAAGGGUUUUUGGACCCCACCAGCGGCUACGUGAAGCAGCUCAACACUGCCAGCCAGGCGGUGGGCAAGGACAAGGAAGGCGAUUUGCACCAGCCCACGUCGGAGUUGGUUGACAAGCUCACGGGCGUGGCAACGGAGCUCGAGACCUAUGUCAGCAAGUGCGGGGAGCAGUGCACCAAGGCGGAGUUCGUCAAGCACGUGGUGGUGAUGGACGCCAAGAUGACCGACCUCGACGGGCAGAGGAAGCACGUGCAGUCGCAGCUCAGCGGGCUCAAGUACUUGCAGGAGAAGUUCGGCCACAACAAAUCGAUCGCGUACAUGGGCCACUACAACAGGCGCGUCAAGAUCACCAAGCGUUUGCAGAAGGGGGGCUUUGGAAAGGAAUACGCCGACGCCAUGAGUCGGGCUCUGUACGCAGCGACUGGCGACGAACAGCGAGCUUCUCUGACCGAGGCUGGAAAAGGCUCGUCCAAAGGCAAGACUAGAAAGGUGCUUCCCUUCCGAGGUGACGUCGAGGUGGACUUGGAGUUCAACGGCGACAAGGUCGCCAUGUGGAAGGACCCUGAGACAGCGACGCUCGGGGUGAUCAAGGACUUCAUCGAUAAGAACAAUGAGGCGAUCACGAGCAAGCUCAAAGUCCACCAGGAGCAGUUUGAUGAGAACGGCGCCAAGUGGAUCGGCUGUUGCGGGCGCCUGGGCUCCAGCGUCACGAAGGUGGACUUCGGCCAGGUGGGCUCGGAGGUCUACGACCUCCUCGAGGGGGGGCUGGUGCCGUGGGUCUGCACGGUGAAGCCAGACAGCCCCCGCGUGGGGCCGUCAGCGGUCCCCCUUUCGGGCUACGAGUGCGUGCUGGUGCCAUUGACGCCCAACAUGGCGUACUUCGUUCACCCCGUGGCGGAAGUGGUAGCCCAGGGGGUCUCGCUCAAAGACAUCAUGAAAUUCUUCGAGACAGAGGAAGGGGCCAAGAUCAACCAGGCUAGCUUCAUCCUCCAGCCUGAGGUCGGGCAAGCGGCCCACGUUCCGUGCGGGCACGUCGCGCAGGUGCUCUUCUACCCCGUGGAGGCAGCAGCGACCUCCAGCAAGACCUGCAACCUCGGCCACACGUUGUUCACCCCCCUGCUGCACGGCGGCAGGUUUAAGGCCAGGGUGGCGGCCCUGGACGGGGCCGCGGGCACAGCUGUCAAGACGUCCAACAUGGACUACAUGCGCACAAUGAGCAGCGCCAUGUACAAGGAUCGGCUCAGCUCAUUGACGCGCUUCCAUAGCGAGUGAGUGGAGGCGCAGGACGCAGGAGCGGGCGGCGCGGCCCUCGACGUGCGUGCUCGUGACAUCGGCGCUCGCAUGCACUCACGAUCA